AUUGCUUUAGGGUGUUGAUAGCAUAGAAGUGAACAAGCCUGCACCAAAUUCCCGGGACAUUAUAAGAGAAGCUGGAGUUUUCCUACUGAGCAAUUGCCUGCUAGCGAGGCGAACGGCGAGUCAUUAACUGCCGCUGUGCUCUGCUGGAGAAGCUUUGCAGUUUGUGAUGGGGUCCAGGCUCUCUGUGGAUGAUUCCGUUCGCGUCGUGAUAGUUGGAGGGGGGUUUGGUGGCAUUGCAGCUGCCAACCACCUAAAAUCCUGGGGGAUCCCUUUUAUCCUUGUAGACAUGAAAGAUGCUUUCCACCACAAUGUCGCUGCCCUCCGGGCCUCCGUAAGCAGCGGAUUUGCGCAAAAAACUUUCAUCUCCUAUUCAGUAACAUUUGAAGACAGUUUCCGGCAAGCCAAAGUGAUUAGCAUUGAUGUGGAAAAACAGCACGUUGUGUUGCAUGAUGGUGAAGAACUCGCCUUUUCUCAUCUUAUCCUUGCCACAGGGAGUGAUGGACCUUUCCCUGGGAAAUUUAACCAUAUUGUUUGCAGGCAGUCAGCUAUUCAGACCUAUGAGGAUAUGGUCAAGGAGAUUCAGAAAGCUCCCCGCGUAGUUGUUGUGGGUGGUGGUGCUGCUGGAGUUGAGAUGGCAGCAGAGGUUAAGACGGAGUUUCCUGCCAAACAGGUCACACUCAUUCAUUCAAAAAUUGCAUUGGCAGAUGUAGAGCUCCUCCCCAGUGUCCGGCAGAAGGUGAAGGAGAUUCUUAUCCAGAAGGGAGUACAUAUCUUGCUGAGUGAGAAAGUUUCCAAUCUUCCUAUGCUGACUUUAAACCAAUUCAGUGAGAAUAUGGCAGUGAAGACUGAUAAAGGCACAGAAAUUGCUACUGACAUGGUAAUUCUCUGCACUGGAAUAGAGAUCAAUUCCUCAGCGUAUAGCAGUGUCUUCUUUGAUAAGCUUGCAAGUGAUGGUGCUUUGAAAGUGAAUGAACACCUCCAGGUGGUAGGAUAUGAUAACAUCUAUGCCAUUGGCGACUGUGCUCAUGUCAAGGAACCAAAGAUGGCAUACCAUGCCAGUCUUCACGCAAACGUUGUGGUGACCAAUAUCAUCAACAGCCUGACACAGAAACCUCUGAAAACCUACAAGCCAGGAUCACUUACCUACCUGCUGUCAAUGGGAAGAAAUGAUGGAGUUGGCCAGAUUAAUGGCUAUUAUGUGGGAUGCGUAAUAGUGACUACAGUCAAAAGCAGGGAUCUUUUCGUUUCAAAGAGUUGGAAGGAAAUGGGACAAAGAAUGCCUUGCUAAUGGGCACCGUUGAAAGAAGACAGAAGCUGCCAAAAGAAGAAUUAAUAAUCCAUCAUUGAGGGGAUUGAUAAACCAACAAUGGGAUGAGGCCAGAGUAUUGUUUUUAAAAAGGAAACAAUUAUCUCUCUAGUAUAUUUCUAUAUUAUGUUUGAUAGCUAUUAGAAGCUAUAUUUUCCUCUAGACUCUGGGUUUCAUUUUUACUGUAUAGUUAAUGAGCCAACAUGAAUUUUGUAAAAGUGGAUUGAAUUUUUUUUUGUGAAUUAAAAGCAGCACAAGCAGUGUGCUAUGUGAGAGUGAUAGUCAUCACAUAGAGUGUGUGUUUAAUGUUUUGUUUUGUGACACAUUUGUAUUCUGUUCCCCAUUUUCUUUGUUGGCCUUGCUCUUCUCAAAGGAAAUGGUUUGCCAUGAUAGAAUGAAUUUCUGAGCUAAUUUCUAUAAUAUAUGCAACAGCCCAUUUUUAAAAAAUAGUCCAGUUUUUCUAUAUCCCUGUGAUGUUAAGAACUUGUAGCUGUUGAUGCUUUCUUUUUAGGGGGAAGUUGUUACUGACAGAAGUUUUAAACCUUAUGGUAAAAGAUUAUCGUCCCUUUUUGUUUAAAAACAAAAAGCAUGAUGAAAUAUUCCCAGAAAUUAUGGGGUAGAGCAGAUCAAAUAUAGGCACAGAUUUAGUGCCCCCCACUCACUCUACCCAUCAGUCAAGAAAUGGGCGUAAUACUAAGAAUCUUAUUUUACAACCUUUGUAUUUGUCAUUGUUCUGCUAAACAUCUAAAACAAUAAUGCCAAACUUUUAGGAGAAAUUGUCUGUAAGCAAGCAUAUUACAGACUGUACUCUAAAAUGAGACAGGGAACCUUGUAACAGUGCUGACAAAUUCUUACUUGAAAGUAAGUUCCAAGGAAAGCAAUGGCCCCAAUCCAGUUUAAACUUGGUCACUAAAAAUAAUCGCUGGUUGUAACCAACUUGUUGCAUUGGUUUUAUUAGGAGGUGGUCACGAUUGGUUUUAGCCAGAUUGAGCCAAUGUUUCUGACUUCCAAGUAGAUGUAGGUAGUGGGAUGUUUUGUACUCAGGGUUCUCCAUUCAUCAUAAGACAACUUGUAUUCUUCCUUUUUGCCAAAAUGCAAACAUUUAAAACCAAAACAUUGUCUUUCACAAGCAACACAUUUUGUGUAUGGGUUUGAGGUCUAAGUCCUAAUUAUGUGUGUAUGUGUUGGGAGGAAUAGGUCAUUUUGUCUAAAGGUUUUAAGAAAGGUUGAGGAGAAUGAUAAUUGCAAAUGUUAGGAAAAUACCAUGAUAGAUGACCAGGCAGUUUCCAGAGGAGCGUCAACAGCUUGUUGGUUGCUGAGAAUCUUGCAAAGAAUACUGAACUAGUAUGGCUGACUUGAUCCAACAACAUUCUAUUUAUGCUCUUGAACAUAGGUAAACGCUUAAUACAGACUAAUUAAGCAUUAGGAGAUUCUUAGUGUAGAGAUUAGUUCUGCUCUGAUGUAAAAAUUCAAUUUGGAAUGUCACCCACAACACUUUGCAUACUUGGGGAAAAAAACGAGAGUAUGUAUGCAUGAGCAUGCCAAGGAAGCUUAAGAAAGAAGACAGUUCUAACUUUUUAGAAAUGGGGUUCUAUGAUGCUGUUGGUAAUGCUGAUUCUUAGGAUUAAGACUGCCUUCAUGUUUGCCUGAUUGUUUCCCAUCUGUUCAGCUUAUUGUUUCUAAAUAAACAGAAAUCACAAAUCA